AGAUGUAGAUGUAUAUUUACGUAUAGAUGCAGAGGCAACCUGUGGAAAUAACAACUAACCCUGUACCGGAAUCGCGAAGAUCACGCUGAUAGGAAGGCAGUGUCGCCGGCGGUGAGGCAGAAUGGUUUCUGAGGAGCUGCACCCCAACAACAAGGCUGGUACAUCCGGGUGGGAACCGAAUGGCUUUCUACACGCGUGCGCGGGCUUCCAAACUGUGACGUCAGCCGAGAGCGCAGCCACCAACCGGGUACCGUCUGUGGGGCGCUUCAGUCGUCUGAUGACAUCCGCGGAGUACGACGUGCCAUGUACACGUUCGGUUGUUAGCGAUAUGACAACGCGACGUUUUCUGUCCCGCGUGGGACCCUCGAUGUGGCCAUCUGCUACAAUCGUGCUUUUGCUCCUCGUAGCGGCAACCAACGCCGGAAGCAUUGAAGAUGAACUGUGCCAGCCAAAGAAUGGAGGCUCUGGGAAGUGCCUGCAUAUCAGUUUAUGUCCAUCAGCUAUCCACAAGGUGUACCAAGGAAUUGUGCCAGACAUAUGUGGCUUCCAAGGCAGGGUAGCCAUAGUGUGUUGUGAAGAUUCUGCUGCCUCUAAACAACUAAUCACAGGAGAUCAACCAUCCAGAAAGCCUGAAAUACAACCAAAUGGAAUACCUGAAUCAACAACCAAACUACCAAACAGCAGCCUUGGCUCACAGUUCCAGUCUCCCUCUACACAACUUGGCAACACUUCAUGUCAGGAAAUGAGGGGGCGUAUUAGUGAAAAGAAAGGUGAACUGUGCCAGCUAAAGAAUGGAGGCUCUGGGAAGUGCCUGUAUAUCAGUUUAUGUCCAUCAGCUAUCCACAAGGUGUACAAAGGUAUCGAGCUGGACAUAUGUGGCUUCCAAGGCAGUGUAGCUAUUGUGUGUUGUGAAGAUCCUGCUGCCUCCAAUCAACUAAUCGCAGGAGAUCAACCACCUAGGAAGCCUGACACACAACCAAAUGUAAUACCUGACUCAACAACCACUUCACCAAACAGCAGCCUUGUCUCAAAGUUCCAGUCUCCCACUACACAAUCUGGUAACACUUCAAGUCAGCAAAUUAGGAAGCGUGUUAGUGAAGAGAAAUGUGAUGAGUAUAAAAGGCCUUUGGAAGAGGAAGCUAAUAUUCCUUAUCCAUUAACUUUUCAUUUCGUUGUUGGAGGUACGGACGCUGAUAUUGGAGAGAUUCCUCACAUGGCUGCUAUUGGUUAUCAAGUUGAUGGUAAUCUGGAAUGGAACUGUGGGGGAUCAUUAAUCAGUGAAUAUUAUGUCCUUACUGCUGCGCACUGCACACAUAUUGGAAAGUAUCCUGCAGUGAUAGUUCGUCUUGGUGAGCAUAAUCUGAAAAGCGAUCAUGAUGGAGCACAUCCUGUGGAUUAUCACAUUGCAGAAUUAGUGCGCCAUCCUGAAUACAAAGGACCAAGCAAAUACAAUGAUAUUGCUCUGUUACGUCUUAGUGAGCGUGUGAAUUUCACGUGGUCUAUACGACCUGCUUGUCUCUACACACAUGAUAAAUUCUCAGUCAGCACGGCAGUUGCUACUGGUUGGGGUAAAACUGAGUAUGCUGGAAAAUCAAGUGACAUUUUGCAGAAAGUUAAUCUUGAUAUAGUAGAUAACGAAAAGUGCAAUAACUUAUGGAAAAGUCUUGGCAAGAUCACAUCUCUGCCUCAUGGAAUUGCACCAUCAAUGAUAUGUGCCGGGGUCAGUUCAGGAGACAAAGACACUUGUCAGGGUGAUUCUGGUGGACCACUUCAGAUAUCCUACAAAAUAGGAGAUGAAGAUGUGUAUCAUGUUAUUGGAGUGACAUCAUUUGGGAAUUACUGUGCUGGAAAAGAUUCACCAGGAGUCUAUACACGUGUCUCUUCUUUUAUUCCAUGGAUUGAGAGCAUUGUGUGGCCAGAUGGUUAGCUUAAUGAACAUAUUACCAACUUGUAAAAAGUUUUUUUAAGUCUCCCAUGCCAUAUAUUUUAACUGUCUAGCUGAAGUCAGGAAUGUUUCAUGUGGUUAGCUGUGGAUUCAUCAGUGUAUGUUGUGACUGCAGAUCUAACACUCAGAUAUUCAGCCAAAAAGUUGUUAAAAUCAAUUCAUUACAUACGCUAUCAAAAUUUUUUCUGAUAAAUAUCAAAUGACCUUACUU